CAGAAACCUGGGAAAACCAAUGGAAAUGUUUUAAAGUACUUCUCUUUAAUCACUUUUGUAUCCAGCUUCCUUUGAUCUGUGGAACUUAUUAUUUUACAGAGUAUUUUAAUAUACCUUAUGAUUGGGAAAGAAUGCCAAGAUGGUAUAUGCUUUUGGCAAGAUGCUUUGGCUGUGCAGUGAUUGAGGAUACCUGGCACUAUUUCCUGCAUAGACUCUUGCAUCACAAAAGAAUAUAUAAAUAUAUUCAUAAAGUUCAUCAUGAGUUUCAGGCUCCAUUUGGAAUGGAAGCUGAAUAUGCACAUUCUUUGGAAACUCUGAUUCUUGGAACUGGAUUUUUCAUUGGAAUCAUGCUUUUAUGUGAUGAUGUCAUUCUCCUUUAUACAUGGGUGGCCAUUCGUUUGAUAGAAACUAUUGAUGUCCAUAGUGGCUAUGACAUUCCCCUGAACCCUUUAAAUCUGAUCCUUUUCUGUGCUGGUUCUCGGCAUCAUGAUUCCCACCACAUGAACUUCAUUGGAAACUAUGCUUCCACAUUUACAUGGUAG